AUGAAAUGUGUACAAUGUAAGCAAGAAAAACUCUCCAAAGAAUUCCCUCCUUCAACAAUUACAGAACGUUGUCAGCAUAUUUCUUCUUAUUGUUUGAGGUGUUUGAUAGCUCAACUUAAGGAUCAAAAUAAAACACAACGCAAAUGUCCCGAAUGCCCUGCAAUCUUGACUCCUCAAGAAGUGAAAGCACUCGAAUUAGCGUGGGAUAAAGCACCUUUUAAAAUUGAUGUUAAUAGUAUUGGAAAAAUCCAACCAAUUAUUCCUGAUAAUGGUAAUAUUACAACAGGAGAAUUCCACGUUGUAAUGUUGAAUGGACAAAAAACUACUUUGUCGUUAGAAGAAAAUAAAACUAUUAUUGCGUUGAGGUCUAAUAUAUUUAAGAAAUUACAAGUUAAUCAAGCCAAACAAAAGUUGAUUUAUAAUGGGGUGGAAUUGCAGGACACUGUUGAUCGUCGUCCGGGAAAUUUGUCAGAUUAUAAAAUAGGACCAGGAUGUCAUGUCCAAUUGAUUGUUGUACUUUAUAAUAUCACUAGAGCAGAAGCUCUCAAGAGUUUGGUAUUUGAUUUGCAUUGGGGAUAUCCAGCAAACGGAUCGCAGGAUUAUCUUGAUGGAAGUUGUUUGUUAUAUGCUGGUGACACUUUUUGGAGAAAAUAUGACUAUGCAUCUGUGUAUUACCCUUCUUUCCCUCAUAUGAAACAUUCUGGAGAUAUGAUGGAUAAUGCCAAGAAAGAAGGACAUCAGCGAAUCGCAGCCAAGCUUGAUCAACUUCCACAAGAUGUUACUCAACUUUAUUUUGUUCUUAGUUCUUGGAAAUCACCUACAAUUGGUCAUUUCAAAACUCCUAGUUUCAAAUUAUAUGAUGAAGCUCAACCUGAUAAAGAAUUAUGUACUUAUACUAUUCAACAAGCUGCUAAUUCUCAAGCUGUAAUUUUGUGUUGUGUUUCAAGAGCUGGUGAAGGAAUGUGGCAAGUUAUUCAAGUUGGAAAAUUUUCUGCAGGAAAUGCUAAUGAUUACGAUCCUAUCGAGAUUAGUAUAGGUGAAUGCGCAUUACAUGGUUAG